UGACUACUGACUUUAAAGGGAAGACUACUCUCUUCAUGUUCUGUACAGUGUGUCCAAAGAUGUAGAAUUACUAGUACAUAGUUCGACGCACAUUGACGCAGUUGUCUCUAGCAUUGUGCAGCGUAAUUAUCACCGUUAUCACAUAAUAUAACAUUCACAUACAUGUGAACACAUACUAAUAAAUACAUAUUUAAGCGGUAGAUCAUGUAAAUAUAUGUACGCCAUUACAUAGGAGGAUUUUUUGUAACGCAUCUGAUGUUACAGCUUUAAAAAAUGCUGUGGGAAAAUGGAAGUGACAUAAUAAGUGAAAUAAUUAUGGGGUUUUAUCCGUUGUUUAUGUGGAAGAAUCGUUUUUUAUUUCAAAUUUGUUCAUAGUAUGAAUAUUAAAAAAAUACAUAUAUUAAUAUAUGUAUAAAAAAAAAGUUAUUUUUUUAAAAAAUGCAGUACGUAUUAAUUGUGUGUGGGUGUUAUGAGAAGAAUUAAUUAAUUUCAUAUUUUAACGAAUCAUUUUUAUGAACGAUUCAGAUUUUUAAAUAUAUAUUUAAAUUUUUAAAUAUUUAAUAAAUAAAUCUAUUAUGAAAUUAGAAAAAAUUUGAUGCCAUAAGUCACUAGGGUAUCACUGAAAUAUAAUUAUUGUGAUAUCUCUCAAGAUGCCUUUUUGUUAUGCAUAAAAAAUAAAAAAUUUAUAUGCAUAGACAUACACACGUUUUAGAAUGGAUAAGAAAUUUAAUAUAUCGCUAUACUUAAACGAACAAGGAGUCUUUUAAUUGAAAGUAAUGAUAUAACUCAAAAAAAUUCGUCCAAGGUUAUAUUAAUGUUUUAAGAGUAUUUAUUCUAAACUAAUAAAUGCAAGUUAAAAAGAACAAAAAUGCCGUUUGUUCUUCGCAAAAUAAAUCCAGAAUAUAUUGGCCGAGGGCAUAUUCCACAAGAUAGAACUUGUGUGGAAACAUGGCCCAUUGGAGCAGAGUUAGACGUGAUAAUAAAUGGAGCUUUGGUGAGCAUUCUCAAACAAUUGGCUUCAGUCUUGGAUGCUGCGGAAGAUAUUUUCGAAGGACUUAAUUCAGAGCUUGGAGAUGUUGCCAAUAGGAGUGGAAAUUUACAUCAACGAAUCCAUCAACUUGACUGCCGUUUGUCUUCCAUCGAUCCUAAGAAAAUCCCAGUUCCUGAAUCUGAUAUAUGUAGUUUCGCAGCUAGAACUGAACAUUUCAAGGCUGUACAGACACCGACGACUAAUCUUUUCGUUAUAAAUACCAGACCAAGAGCUUUGAAAAAAAUGUAUGAGGCUACUACUGUAAUUAGUGUAAGGAAAUGGGAUAAAUUCAAGAAGGAAACUGUUAAUAAAGAAGACAUGGAGAUGUUUUUGUAUUCAUCAUUAUCUGAGGCUAAAAAGAGACUCAAUCAGACUUUGGAUAUUGAAUCUAGAGUUCCGGCAAUAAUUAAUAACUUACGAAAAUGGACAUCAACUGAAGUACUUGGCGACAUUACCGUUUCACCAGACUGUCUACCGAGAAUACUGCAAAAAAGCAAUAGCUCCAAUGACAUUAUUGAUCAUAAAUUACCAAGUCCUGAGGAACGAGUCCAAGCUAUCGCAUUAAAAUUCCCGGCAGAAGUCAUAGCAGUAGACGUGAGUGGAAUAAGAUUUGCCCGAAUGUCUAUGAGAAAGAAAUUGCUGAUUUGUCAAGCACAUCAACAGCAGCAACAACAAUUAAAUGGUGGCAAUGGUGUAGUUAUUGUAAAACGAAGACCUUCAAGAACACGUGCAUCAAGGAGUAAAAGACGAAAUACGAUAGCUGGCACAAACGGAAAGGAUAUUCAGCAACAAAAGAAAAAAGAACUAAUUGUCGACGAAUCUUUGGCUAAUGGGUCUACUAUUACAGAUUAUCAUAUAACAAGGGUGGAGGAUGAAACACAAGACAUUCUCCUAUCUGCUAAUUCGUCUAAUAAAAAAGAAUACCGACGAUCAAUAAGUACUGAUGUAUUGGAGCAUAGAAAAGACACGUCGAUGGAAUUAACAAAGUGGAACUUUGAAGCAUUUAAAGCCUGGGGUAAAUUACAGUUAAAACGAAUAACGCCAAAAUUGGAGCUUGAUAAUCAUGUAAAUGAUAAAACGGCUAUCAAGUCAAUUACAAAUGAUAAUAAUAGUAGCAUUGAAGAAGUAAUGGCUACACCAACAUCUAAAUUCCACAGUAAACAUCGUAGCGCCCAUGAACGCAAACCAAGUCUGUCAAGUUUAAGUGCGCGAAGUACAACAUCUAAUAAUACCCUGUCUACACAAAAUAGUAACACUUUGGAGAACACACAAUGUCAUGAUAUUAUUAGGCUGAGAGAAAAUGCAGAUCCACGACGUGAACGAAGGAAAGGGCAUAAAAUUAGCAGCCGGGAUGAACCAAUGCAUUCAAGUUCAGGUAACUGGAGUGCAUCAUCAGAUAGCGAUAGAACUAGUAGUAUUGGAAGUAAUGAAACCACCGCAGCAGCUAAUUAUUCAAGACCAGCGUCUACAGUUCCUACUACCACCAUCCUCAUGAAUCGAGAUGGUUCACCAAUAAAGCUCUCUCAUACUUAUAUAACGAGAUUUAGAGAUAAGGAUAUGUCAACGUCGUCUUCCGUUACUUCUGAGGGUACUUUAACGCCUGACAUCAUUCAUGAUAUCAGUACUACUUCAUUUUCUGAUGAAAUUGAAGUAGAAGGAGAAACUUCAUCAGUAUAUUCAUGCGAUACCGAAGGAUAUUAUACAUCAUUUCAUAUGGAUUCAGGUUUAAAGACCCUAAGAGAAGAAGAAGUAACUGCGCCGGUAUCUCAAAAUAAUUCAACUGUCGAAAAUGAUUAUGAGUUGUUUGGACGUGGCUCAACAUCAACCACAACUAGCUCUGCCGGAACAGUAUGCACCGCAUUGAUGGCGCCAAUGCCACCAGAAAGAAAAUCUAGUUUAACUGUUGUAGCCAUGGUACAUGGCCAUAAUGAUGGGAGAAAUUCUCCAGAUAACAGACAGAAUACUUAUUCAUCAACAGAUGAAUCAACGUCUCAUUCUGCCGUGAUCACCAGCAAUGCUAGUGAUAUUUUUUCGUCUGCUAGGUCAUAUUCUGAAUUAGAAUACUCUGAAUCUAGUGAUCUCGAAGGUUCUGAUAGAAUUGAACGUAUUCGUUCAAAGACUGCAAUAAAUACUAAUCGUAUUCCGUCCAUGUGUAUUAUAACACCGUCAGGUUCUGACGAUGAGCAACACCAAAAUAAUAGCCCGCAUGAUAUUACAGCUGCUACCUUAUCUGCUGUCCUAUCUGCUGUUGGUGAAGCGAACAACAACCGUAAUAGUAAUAAUAAUGAUACUAGUAAUAAUAGUCAUAAAAAUGAAACAGAAAAGAUUAAUAAUGAACAAAAUAAAAAUAUUUAUGCUAAAGUACAGAAAGCAGUAGAGGCAAAUACAGCUGGUUCAGUAUUAAAAGAUAUACAAUCAGCAAAAUCAAGUCAAAUAAAUGGAAUCAUUUCAGCUGAUUCUGAAACUUCAGUAUUGAAAAACUAUCAAAAUAUUGAUAAUUCUGGCGACUAUGUAACAAUAGUUAGGAAAAACAAUGGUAAGGCUAAUCAAUCAGAUUAUAGCCACUUGAAUCGUUCAUUGUAUGCGAAUCUUAAUCCUCUCAAGAAGAAUCAAGAACAUCAAGAUUCCGAAUAUGUCAGUCUGGCUGAAUUGCCUAAGAAAUGUGACAAUUCACCGGAGAAAAAACAGCAAAAGCAACGUCAAGGUGCACGAGUCAUUCUUGAUUACGAAGGUCGAGUCAUUUAUUCAUCAAAUAGUCUCAAACGAAACAAAGGACAUACAACUUUCAAUCCAGGGCCAUUUAUUAAAGAUACAUUAUCAUCACCACCUGCCGUCCAAUCAAGAAAAAUACGAACGAUAACCACCGAUAAAGAUAAACAGCAAAAGGAAAUGAGUGUAAAAUCAUCUUCAUUAUCGUUAUCAUCAAGAGCUUCAUCAUCAUCCUCGUCUUCUUCAUCAACAGUUUCAGUCAAAGAAAGAAAUAUAGAAAAUUAUUGCAGUGAUAAUAGUAGUGAUGGUGAUAAAAAUAAAAGUGAUGUGACAAAAUCAGAAAGUAAUAGUAAUAAUAACAUAAGCAGUGACAAAAUGGGGGCUUCUACUCAAUCGAACAAAAACGUAAUGAACAACAAUAAUAAACAAUUAUUGUCUCUUAAGAUUGAUGAAGAGAAAAAAAGUCGAAGAGCUUAUGUCAACAUUCAAUCUGAAAAUAAUAAUGAAGAUAAUAGAUUGCUAGGUAAUGAUGAACAUGAUCAUGGAGGCAAUAAUCACUUCAUUUAUUCUGAACACACUCCAAAAACACAUCAGAAUAAAUCAACUAUCGAACAAAAAUCUCGAAAUUCUGCACCAGAACUUUUUAAAAAUUCUCAAACUGAUACCAAAGAAUACACAAACGGUCACAAUUCCAAUUCUGAUCAUUUGGAGCAAUCUAAAAAACAGCGGCUCAAUAACAGUUACUCUACCACCGAUUCUUUACCAAAUAGAACUAUUACAUCGAACGCUAAUGAAUCAAUAUCAACUGACAGAAGCUCCCACUUACCAAUGAAUAGUUUGAUUUUAUCACCAUCACCUCUGAUUCCACAAAUUGCCAAAUGUACGAUGUCAAAUGAUGAACUAUUUGCUGCCAUUUACAAAUCUAAAAGGAAAUUAAACAUUAAAAAUGAUGAUGUUAUCUCAGAGCGUCAAAGACCAACGAGUAAUUUGAAUAUGAAUUUUUAUAAUAAUAAUCAUCACAACAAUAAUAAUCAUGACAAUGAAGCUAUUGAAAAUGACAAUAAGAUAUCUGCUCAGCGUAAUUGGAGAUAUGAACAUGAGAACUUAAGUCGACCAAAGAUUGCAUCACCCAAACGUACCUCAUCUAAUUUAACAUCAACAUCAGCUUGCCUUGACUUUAAGCGACUUCUACUGCAACAAAGUACAAAAGUAAGACCGAACAACUUAUCAGCAUCAGAACAAUUAAAAUUAUCAUCAUCAUUAAGCCGCAACCAUCGUCAUCAACAGCAACCACAGCCUUAUGCUCUUUCUUCACACUCCAAUAACCGAGUUUAUAGAAGUCCUCGGUCCUUCUGGAAAUUCCAGAUUCCUCGAAGUGACAUUUUGUCAUCUAUAAUUAUUGAAGACACUGCCGCUGAAGAGAAAGCAAUAAAUAAUUACAUGAAUAUUUCAACAGAAAAUAUAUCAGUGCCAAUGCAAAAUAAUAAUAAUAAUAAUAAUAACAAUAAUAAUAUUGAUAAUAUAAGCAAUAAAAAAACAGAUAAAACAAAUGGAUCUUUGGCAGCUAAUUCUAGAUAUUUGCAUUGUAUUAAUAAUAAUACUCCAAAAUCUUAUAGUACGUCAGACAUCUCACCUACAGAUAAAGAAAAUGCAGGAUUAGAUUUAAAAAAUGUUACUAACUAUCGGCAAAUUCAAAAUUAUAGAUUAAAUAAUAAAUAUUCAGACAGUACCAUUUCAUCUUCAUCAUAUGCUAAUAAUAAUCAGCUGCUACACAGAUAUGAAUUUAGAGCUCGUUCAGCAUCGCCAAGCCAACUGCCUUUGUUACCAUCAUCUACGCCGAAAGAUAAUAAAAAAGUCGUUUCACGAAGUAUCAGUGCGCCUACGUUAGAAACAGCUCUUUAAUUUCGACAAUAAAUAUGGAAUAAAAUAGUAUGUUACCUGAAGAAAAAGCAAAUGAAUUUUUUUAAUUAUGAAUUGCUUGAAUAUGAAUAAAAAUAGAAUUAAUUCAAUAUUAAUAAUGAUAAAGAAAGAUAUAGAAUAGUUUUUUACUAAAUUAUUAGAUGCUUG